AGGAGGACGUGUCCCCCGCCCAGCACCUCUGGGUGGCUCAGAUCUGCUCCAUGGAGGCCCCGGGUGGAGAGGCAGAUGCUGCACGCCCUGGUCCCAGCUAAAAAUGGGCACCCGGUGACUUCUGGCCAUUUCCAAAUACCAGACGUAUCCUCGAAGGAUGAAAAUCUGCCUUCACAGAGGUUAAUCAGAAGGUUGUCUCGCAGCCUCGGGCAGGCCUCUGGGAAGAGUCUGAAGGAUGAGUGAGCUGUGAUGGGCAAAGGAAGGAGCCCACAGCUCCCUGACGCGACCGCGCGGCCGGCCAGCCGGCAUUUGGAUGUCCGGGGCCCUGCCCUCCCGUGCGGCCAUGUCCGAGGGGGAGAGCAAGGAAAGCUCGGGCGGCGAGUGCCCCGUGUGCUACGACAAGUUCUGCGAUCUGGAGGGCGCCGGCCGGACGCUGUGCUGUGGCCACAUGUUCUGCCAUGACUGCCUGGUCAAGUACCUCCUCUCCACGCGCGUGGACGGGCAGGUCCAGAGGACCGUCGUCUGCCCCGUCUGCCGCUACGUCACCUUCCUCGGCAAGAAGAGCUCCUGCUGGCCCGCCAAGCUGGACAAGAGCUCUCAGACCCUGGCCGUGCCCAUGGGCCUGCCUCCCGUGCCACCGCCGGACACCCUAGGCCACGCCAACCCCCUGGCCCUCUCCCAGCCUUUCUGGAGGCCGUCCCCGAAUCAGGGCGGCCAGCUGCCCUUGGACCCGCCGCCCGGCCUGCCCCGGGAGCCGCAGAUCUUCAUCAUCAGCCGCUACGGGGUGCCCCUGGGGGAGCAGGACAGCAUCCUGCUCGGGCGCAGCCUGGCCGAGUUCUCGGAGGCCCCCCGGGGGCCCAGCUCCACCUGGACGUUCUGCAGCCGCUCCCGGGCCCUCCUGCUCAUCACCCUCAUUGCCGCGGUGGCCGUGAUGGCCGUGGUGGCCGCCAUCCUGCCCUGGGUGCUGCUGGUGAGGAAGCGCGCGUGAGUGGGGCACCGGCCCGAGGGCCGCUCUGGAAGCCGCCCGCUCACACAGCCAGGCUGCCUGGGCGGGGCCAGCCGAGCCCUGAGGGGUGGCCUGGGGCAGAGGGGGUGUCAAGGCGGUGCUGGCUGGAGGUCCAGUGGCAUCUCCCCACCCCGGGCUCCUCGCUCCCAGUGCGUCUCAGACAGAACAGGGAGGCCAGAGCUGGGCUGAAUGAAAUGGAAACUCCAGGCUCCAGGCCAGGGAGGAAAGCAUGAUGGACACCCCUGCUCAGAAACAGCAGCAGGGGCAUACCCUCAGGGGAUACUGGUCCUUCCUCUAGGCUAGAGCCAAGCAAGGCAGGGAGAUGGGCAGCUGCUCUGUCCUGUGGGCUCACCAGCCCCGAGGGGUAGUCCUCAUCUGCCAGGUGAACUACCUGAGGCCAGCUGGGGUUCUGCGUGGGGUACAUCCUGGAGGGGGCCCAAGGGCAGGACUCCUCCAGGUCAGAAUUCCCGGCCAGGGUCCUCCAACCUGCUCCGAGCAAUAAACAGAAGGGGUGGUGCAGGGGCCAAAGGCACUUGUGUUUCCCGGAGUCUCAGCCCCCAUCCGUGACACCCCACAGCUGGGCAAGGGUGCCAGCCUGGAAGGUCUUCCCUGAGGGAGAAGCUGAUCUCAGGGAGCUCCUGGAGGAAGGAACAGAAAAGGGGAGCAGAGACCACAGCAGGAGUCAGAAGUUUGUUGACAGAGGCUGAGGCCAGCAGAAUGGCGCACAGAGCCAGAGGUCUCCCCAAGCCUCCCGGGCCCAGGAAUGGUCCAAAUUUUGAGUCCUGGGGUUUUCAAGGAUAGCCUGGAAGGUGGGCAGUGCAGGGGAAGCCUGGUGGCCGGGACUUGAGUCAGCUGAAAACUAUGUGGGCAAACGAACCCCUGGGGGCUCCCUCCCAGCCCAGGUUCUCCUCUUCCUCAUGACCAACCACUCAUUAGACGCCACACCAGCUGGGCCAGUUCCCGGGGUGGAUUCCCAGGCUGGGCUGGGUGAGGAAGGGUGGGGAAGAAAACAGCUGUGCUUGGCAGGGACGCUUCUGUCUCAGUGAACACUGGAAGCCAGCUGUUGUCGGCUGCUGGCCAAGGUCACAUCACCUGGGGACACCGCCUAUGCUGGGGGUCCUUGAUGAGGACACUAGAAAAAGCUCAGGUUGGGUCUUGUCUGGGGAGCGAGCCAUUCGGGGACAGCUAUUUUCUGUUUACUAAGGCCCAUAAGUCAGUGGGCCAUCAUCUUAAUUUUAGGGCUAAGAACAGCAAAAACCUCAAGCUGUUUUCUGAAAUGGGUGGGUGUUCAGAGCCCAGGUGCGCCAAAGGCCAAGCUCUCCGCAGCCUCUGCCUCUCUCAGCGCAGUUCGCUGUCUGUGGGGAAAGAAAUAGCGCCCUCUUACCUAGUUCCUAAAAGCCUGUAGUGGUGGUCAUUUGGGGACCAUUAGGGAAUGGGAUCCACCUGCAGGGGAUAUUGGGACACAAAGAGGGUUGAUUUAAUGCACUUAUGGGCUUCUUCUUUUCAAGACUAGAGAACAUAGGUGCUAUUGGGGGAGGUACAGGUGGAUUCAUAGGAAAAAUGUUUAUUAUAGGAAUUAAAAUGUUAAAUUUACAAAGACUCUACUGAGUCAGUU